CAACCCGAUCAGGAAGUGGCGGGCGGGGCUCCAGGUUGAGUGGCUCCCUCCUCUGCCACCGCCACUGCCAGUGCCGAGACCCCAGGCUGGCGGGACAGCGCUAGUUGUGCGUUCGGGCAGGCGCCGGCGCUGACCAGGAGCAGGAAGCGGCAGCCACGCGGGCGUGGGUGGCUGGCCGAGGCGGAGGUGCAGGGAGGCGGCGUCGGGUCGCGUGGGGCGGCCCUCCUCGCUCAGCAUUAUGGAUCCAAGCCUUUUGAGAGAACGGGAGCUGUUCAAAAAGCGAGCUCUUUCCACUCCUGUCGUAGAAAAACGUUUAGUAUCUUCUGAGUCAUCAACAUCAUCAUCAAAGAAGAAGAAAGCAAAACUAGAACAUGGAGGAUCAUCAAGCUCUAAACAAAAUUCUGAGCACAGCAAUGGAUCAUUUAACUUGAAAGCUCUAUCAGGGAGCUCUGGAUACAAGUUUGGCGUUCUUGCUAAGAUUGUGAACUACAUGAAGACACGUCAUCAGCGAGGUGAUACACAUCCUCUAACUUUAGAAGAAAUUUUGGAUGAAACACAACAUUUAGAUAUCGGACUCAAGCAAAAACAGUGGCUAAUGACUGAGGCAUUAGUCAAUAACCCCAAAAUUGAAGUAAUAGACGGGAAGUAUGCCUUCAAGCCCAAGUACAACCUAAAGGACAAGAAAGCCCUGCUGAGGCUCUUAGAUAAGCAUGACCAGCGAGGCUUAGGAGGAAUCCUUUUAGAAGACAUAGAGGAAGGACUGCCCAAUUCCCAGAAAGCUGUCAAGGCUCUAGGGGACCAGAUACUAUUUGUAAGUCGUCCUGAUAAGAAGAAAAUUCUUUUCUUCAAUGAUAAGAGCUGUCAGUUUUCUGUGGACGAAGAGUUUCAGAAACUAUGGAGGAGCGUCACCGUGGAUUCAAUGGAUGAGGAGAAAAUUGAAGAAUAUCUGAAGCGACAGGGUAUUUCUUCCAUGCAAGAAUCCGGACCAAAGAAAGUGGCCCCUAUUCAGAGAAGGAAAAAGCCUGCUUCCCAGAAAAAGCGACGGUUUAAGACUCAUAACGAACACAUGGCUGGAGUGCUGAAGGACUACUCGGACAUUGCUCCUGGCAAAUAGUGGAGUUUUGUAGGACUGAGGAGAGGAGCAGUGCAGGUAACAGAACACGUACAAAUCAUCAAACUCGAAGCUUACUUUCAUUGAAUAGGCUGCUGACAAAUGUGAUGUUCCCUGUUGACCUCUGUGACUUCUGGGGGAAAGGCACCCAGCGUGGCAUGCAGGUGUCUUUGCUGUUUAUCUCUACUUCUAAGCGGUUCCUGGUUCCAUUUUUCCUUUUGUUCCUUUAGAACAAGUUUGCGGAUAGUCUUGAAUGCGGUAUUUGUUUAUUCCAGAAUAACAUAUUUAUAAUAAAAUCAUUGCAGAAGGAGCUCUAA